AUUCUAGAUUUUUCUCCUUGGCUCUUCCCUGCUUCUGCCCAAGCACCUGCUCUCUCCCCUGGCACCUGCUGCCCGGUAGGAAGGGCGAGAACCAUCCCAGGCGGUUCAUUCUGAGGAGUCUCCGCCCCUCCUCCUGCGCUUCCUUCUCCAGGGCGCCUCUCAGGCCCCGCCCUCACCUGCCCAAGAUAAUUUUAGUUUCCCUGGGCCUGGAAUCUGGAUUCGCAGGGCUCUUCUCCAUAGUCUCCCGCCUCGACAUCCAACCUGUGGAGAAGAGAGGAUUUGAAAUCAAACCCAGGUGUCUGGGAUCCCUAGAAAGAACCAGACUCUGGGCCCCGGUGUCCUGCCCCUUCUGCUGGCGAAUCCAGGUGCCAUGGAACUGGAUCUGAGCCCACCUCAUCUCAGCAGCUCCCCAGAAGAUGUGUGCCCAGCUCCUGGGACCCCUCCUGAGACCCCUCCACCCCCUGAUAACCCUCCACCAGGGGAUGUGAAGCGGUCCCAGCCUCUGCCCAUUCCAAGCAGCAGGAAACUUCGGGAAGAGGAGCUUCAGGCGACUUCUCUCCCCUCCAUCCCCAACCCUUUCCCCGAGCUCUGCAGCCCACCUUCACAGAAACCCAUUCUCGGGGGCUCCUCCAGUUCGAGACUCCCUCGGGACUCCGGCCGCCUCCAUGUGGUGAAGGUGUACAGCGAGGACGGGACGUGCCGAUCCGUGGAGGUGGCAGCCGGUGCCACAGCCCGCCACGUGUGCGAAAUGCUGGUGCAGCGAGCUCAUGCCCUGAGCGACGAGAGCUGGGGCCUGGUGGAGUGCCACCCCUACUUAGCACUGGAGCGGGGCUUAGAGGACCAUGAGUUCGUGGUGGAGGUACAGGAGGCCUGGCCAGUCGGUGGAGACAGCCGCUUCGUCUUCCGUAAAAACUUCGCCAAGUAUGAGCUGUUCAAGAGCCCCCCACACAAGCUGUUUCCAGAAAAGAUGGUCUCCAGCUGUCUGGAUGCACAAACAGGCGUAUCCCACGAAGACCUCAUCCAGAACUUCCUGAAUGCUGGCAGCUUCCCCGAGAUCCAGGGCUUCCUGCAGCUGCGGGGAUCGGGCCGGGGGUCAGGUCGGAAGCUUUGGAAACGAUUCUUCUGCUUUCUGCGUCGGUCCGGCCUCUAUUACUCCACCAAGGGCACCUCCAAGGACCCGAGGCACCUACAGUACGUGGCAGAUGUGAAUGAGUCCAAUGCGUAUGUGGUGACCCAGGGCCGAAAGCUGUACGGGAUGCCCACUGACUUCGGCUUCUGUGUCAAGCCCAACAAGCUUCGAAACGGCCACAAGGGACUCCACAUCUUCUGCAGUGAUGAUGAGCAGAGCCGAACCUGCUGGCUGGCCGCCUUCCGGCUCUUUAAAUAUGGGGUGCAGCUAUAUAAGAAUUAUCAGCAGGUCCAGUCUCGUUACCUGCGCCUGUCCUAUUUGGGGUCUUCGCCCUUGAGGAGCGUCUCAGAUAACACCCUAGUGGCCAUGGACUUCUCUGGCCAUGCUGGGCGUGUCAUUGAGAACCCCCGGGAGGCCCUGAAUGCUGCCAUGGAGGAAGCACAGGCCUGGAGGAAGAAGACAAACCACCGUCUCAGCCUGCCUACCCCAUGCUCCGGCUCAAGCCUCAGCACAGCCAUCCACCGCACCCAGCCCUGGUUCCAUGGACGUAUCUCCCGGGAGGAGAGCCAGCAGCUGAUUGCACAGCAGGGCCUGGUGGAUGGUGUGUUCCUGGUCCGGGAGAGCCAGCGGAACCCCCAAGGCUUUGUCCUGUCCCUGUGCCACCUGCAGAAAGUCAAGCAUUACCUCAUCCUGCCAAGCGAAGAUGAAGGCUGCCUCUACUUCAGCAUGGAUGAUGGCCAGACCCGGUUCACUGACCUUCUGCAGCUGGUGGAGUUCCACCAGCUGAACCGAGGCAUCCUGCCCUGCUUGCUGCGCCACUGCUGUGCCCGAGUGGCCCUCUGAGGUUGCGGAAGCCCUUAGGGCCCACGGGUAUGCCAGCCACCAUCUGUUAGGUGGACUUGGUGCAGGUGGGAGGGACGAUACGCAGCUGAAGAGCUCCCCCCCAGGCCACAAACAUCCUCAACCCUGUCCAUCCCUGACUGCUAUCCUCAAGGGAGGCAUGUGUGGCCCUCUCCUCUUUGUGGAGCUCUUGAGGGACUGUUCCAAUGAGGGGCAUUGUGAGAGAAGGAAGGGCAGCCCAGCUGGCCUCAUGCCCCACUCACGCUCUGUUCAGACUGAGAGGCCAGUUUGAUCUGCUCAAUUUUAUACUAGUGACAAUAAAGAUUAUUUUUUUAUACA